AUGAAAAAUGAAAUUAUAUUUAGUACAACAUUUAUUUUAUUUUUAAUUAGCUAUUGUUUUCAACCUUUAUUAAUAGAUAUAAUAAAAUAUAAUGGAUGUGCAAAUUCAAGCACUUUUAUUUUUUUAAUACCUCAUUAUUUGUCUAUGAUAAUUGUUGGGUUACUUCCCAAAAAACAAAAAUUAAUUGAAUGCCAAUGGAUGAAAAUAUUUUUUGUUUCAUUAUUAGAUAUAGUAAAUCAGGUAUUAAAAAAAAUUGGUUUAAUUUAUGCAGGAUCUUCUCUAUAUAUAAUAAUUGACAGCUGCACGUUAAUAUUUACAGCUAUAUGGAGGAAAAUAUUAUUAAACAAAAAAAUAAAUAAUUUUCAACUGUUAGGAAUUUUAUUAAUAACAUUUGGUAUAGCAAUAAAGUCAAAUAAUUUAAAAAUAGAAAUAAAUAAAGAAGAAAUAAUAGGAAUAUUUUUAAUAUUUCUUAGUAAUAUAAUUAUGGGUUUAACUUUUGUAUUAAAUGAAAAAUAUAUGAAACAAAUGGAAGGACAAAAUAUUGUAUGUUUAAUGGGAUUAUUUAGCUUUUGCUUUAUUUUUAUAUGGACCAUUAUAUGGACGAUUCCAAAUUUUGAGCAUUUAAUUUUAAAUAAUAUAAAAAAAAAACAAGGAAGUAUUAAAACUAUAUUGUUAAGUUUUUUUUUUCUCUUUUUAUUUAAUUUUAUAACAUCUUCUACUUUAUGGUACAUAAUGAAAAUAAGUGGCUCAUUAUCUAUUGGAAUAUUAAAAGGACUUAAAGUUGCAAUAAUAUUCUUAUUUAGUCAUAUUUUUUUUUGUAAAUAUGAUUCAAAACAAUGCUUAAAUUUUCAUUCCUCCUUAUCUGUUUUUUUUUGUAUAAUUGGAGUUCUUAUUUAUUCAUAUAAUGAAUAUCUAUUACUUGCUACUAGCAAAUUAUAUUUAAAUAAAAAAGACAAAUUUAUUUUAUAA